GCGCUCGGCUGGCUGGGCUGGCCGGAGCUGGGCACGGCAGCGCCGAGCGAGCAGUGGGGCCGCUCCUUCCGGGCGCGGCCCUGGCCCCGGCGCCGGCGCCGCCGCAGCCGCCGCAGGUUUCCAUGAAGAUAAACAACUGAAAUGUGGAUAGCCUAUUUAUAACUUGGUGGUGGUUGUCAUCUGGAACGUGCUGGUGUCUCCUCCCAGUAGCUGGUGUAGCGUUGGCUACUGAGAGCCAUGAAGGUUGUACCGGAGAAGAACGCCGUGCGCAUCCUGUGGGGUAGGGAGCGGGGUACCCAGGCCUUGGGUGCUCAGAGGCUCCUACAGGAGUUGGUGGAGGAUAAAACCCGGUGGAUGAAAUGGGAGGGCAAGAAAGUUGAGUUACCAGACAGUCCACGCUCCACCUUCUUGCUGGCGUUUAGUCCAGACAGGACCCUAAUGGCUUCCACACAUGUGAACCACAACAUCUACAUCACAGAGGUGAAAACGGGCAAGUGUGUUCAUUCCUUGGUCGGACAUCGCCGCACUCCCUGGUGUGUCACCUUCCAUCCCACCAUCCCAGGCCUCAUUGCCUCAGGAUGCCUAGAUGGGGAGGUUAGAAUUUGGGAUUUACAUGGUGGAAGCGAGAGCUGGUUCACAGACAGCAACAACGCCAUCGCUUCGCUUGCUUUUCAUCCCACGGCUCAGCUUCUGCUGAUUGCAACUGCCAACGAGAUCCAUUUCUGGGACUGGAGUCGGAGGGAACCCUUUGCAGUGGUGAAAACUGCGAGUGAAAUGGAGCGGGUCAGGCUGGUACGGUUUGAUCCCUUGGGACACUACUUGCUCACAGCAAUUGUUAACCCUUCGAACCAGCAGAGCGAUGAGGAAGUGGAAAUCUCGGUGGACAGCACGGAGCUGCCGCACUACCGCCAGCGCGCCAUCCUCCCGUCCCAGCCCGUGCGGCGCACGCCUCUCCUGCACAACUUCCUGCACAUGCUGUCCUCCCGCUCCUCUGGCAUACAGGUGGGAGAGCAAAACAGUGUUCAAGACUCUGCUACCCCAUCCCCUCCACCGCCUCCACCACCACCUCCGCCUCCAGCCAGUGAGAACACAAGGGCAUCUGUCUAUAACAGGCUCCGGGAGCGUGUCAGCUACCCCACGGCAGAGUGCUGCCAGCACCUGGGGAUGUUGUGCCUUUGCAGCCGAUGCUCUAGUGCAAGACUUCCUUCUUCUCUCUUCCCACACCAGGAAAACGCACCCUCCACGUCUUCUGGGGCCACUGGCACUUCCUUCUCCUCUGUGCAGACAGAGCCUUACCAACCCCCAGAGCAGGCAUCCGUAGCUCAGGAGGAGCAGGGAAUCCUUAACAGGCCCUCUGCUUUCAGCACGGUUCAGAGCAGCACUGCUGGCAACACCCUGCGCAACCUUAGCCUGGGCCCCACGCGGCGGUCCCUCAGCGGGCCCUUGGCCUCCCACCAGUCCCGCUACCAACAGUCUGCGAGAGAGAUGGCUUCGGGCUUAGGAGGGUCUGACUGGUCCAGGACAGUGCUGAACAUGAGCUCUCGGUCAGAGCUGGAAGCCAUGCCUCCCCCUAGGACCAGCGCCUCCUCCGUCAGCUUGCUGUCGGUGCUGAGACAGCAGGAGGGAGGUUCCCAGGCGUCGGUCUAUACCUCAGCGACAGAAGGAAGGGGCUUUCUGGCCCCUGGGGCUGAGGCGGACGGCGGUGGUGGCGCUGGCCCGAGCAAUCCGGCCAGUAUCCGUAAUGAGCUCCAGUGUGAUUUGAGGCGAUUCUUCCUGGAAUAUGACCGGCUGCAGGAGUUAGAUCAGGGCAUUGGUGGGGAACCCAGCCAGUCGCAACAGGCUCAAGAAAUGCUCAACAACAACAUUGAGCCCGAUCGGCCGGGUCCCUCCCAUCAGCAGCCUCCACACAGCAGUGAGAACAAUUCCAACCUGUCCCGGGGUCACCUGAACCGCUGUCGCGCUUGUCAUAACCUGCUGACCUUUAACAAUGACACGCUGCGCUGGGAGAGGAGCACGCCUAGCUACACGCCAGGGCAGGCCCAAAGCACCUUUGAGGGUGUGCCUCCAAAUACCAGCCAGGUGCAGCCUGCAGAGAGAACCGAGGGCAGAGCUCCUGGCUCUAGCAGGCUGCAGCUGGGCAGCUCUUCCACCCCGCAGGAGGAGAGGACCGUGGGAGUGGUCUUUAACCAGGAGACGGGGCACUGGGAAAGAGUUUACAGCCAGUCGGCUUCAAGCAGACCUGGGAAUGUAUCACAGGAGGCCUUAAACCAGGAAAUGCCUGAGGAGAGCUCGGAGGAGGAUUCACUCAGGAGGAGAUUGCUGGAGUCUUCCCUCAUUUCAUUAUCUCGCUACGAUGGAGCAGGGUCCCGGGAACAUCCCAUCUACCCAGAUCCAGCCAGGUUGUCUCCUGCUGCAUAUUAUGCUCAGAGGAUGAUCCAGUAUCUUUCCCGGAGGGACAGUAUUCGACAACGCUCCAUGCGAUACCAACAAAACCGUCUCCGCUCUUCCUCCUCCUCUUCUUCCACUUCAGAGAACUCAAGCCCAUCUGUAGAGGGAAAUGAUCUGGAAUUUGAAGAUUUUGAGGACAAUGGAGACCGCUCCAGGCACCGAGCUCCCCGGAACGCCCGCAUGUCUGCACCGUCGCUCGGCCGCUUUGUCCCCAGACGCUUCCUGCUGCCAGAGUACUUGCCUUACGCUGGGAUUUUCCAUGAGCGGGGACAGCCUGGCUUGGCCACCCAUUCCUCUGUCAACAGGGUUUUGGCAGGUGCUGUGAUCGGGGAUGGACAAUCAGCCGUGGCCAGCAACAUUGCUAACACUACCUACCGGCUCCAGUGGUGGGACUUCACUAAAUUUGAUCUGCCUGAAAUCAGCAAUGCCUCUGUAAACGUGCUCGUUCAAAACUGCAAGAUUUACAAUGAUGCUAGCUGUGAUAUCUCUGCUGAUGGGCAGCUGCUGGCAGCCUUCAUUCCCAGCAGUCAAAGAGGUUUCCCUGAUGAAGGAAUACUGGCUGUGUAUUCUCUGGCACCCCACAACUUGGGCGAGAUGCUUUACACAAAGCGGUUUGGCCCUAAUGCCAUUUCAGUGAGCCUGUCUCCAAUGGGCAGAUAUGUAAUGGUGGGACUGGCUUCCCGACGUAUCCUGUUGCACCCCUCCACAGAACACAUGGUCGCUCAAGUCUUCAGGCUGCAACAGCCCCACGGUGGAGAAACCUCUAUGAGGAGAGUUUUCAACGUUCUGUACCCAAUGCCUGCCGACCAGAGGAGACAUGUCAGCAUCAACUCUGCUCGCUGGCUGCCUGAGCCAGGCCUGGGAUUGGCAUAUGGCACCAACAAAGGGGACCUGGUGAUUUGCCGACCAGAGCUUUCUGGAUUUUUUCUUUCACAUAUGUCUAGGGCAGUGACUGGAUCUGGAUUUGCAGACUUCUAAGGAUUUCCAAUGAGAAGAGCUUGCUUUUCUCAGCUUUCAUGGACCCCUUGGACUCCACCAGCCAAGUUGAAAGCUGCUGCCCUAGAGUUAAUCAAAUACAUGUUACAGUGUUUAAGCAUGAGGUUCCAAGAACUGCAAAGAUUUUUCUCAUGAUUAUAAGCAAACCAGUGAAUUGUUUUGGUCCUUAGUUGAAAGCCCAAUGGUGUGAUAUGUUAGACUUUAGCUCUCUUUUAUUUUACAGUGCUUUGAAGGUUGUUAGUGCCCUUUUGUAAACUUGCAAUUAGACUGUCUCGUUAAGGGUAAGAGCUUGAUGUUUGCCUGUCUGAGUUCCUCCCAGGGACUUCCACUGAAAACAUUUUCACAAAGCCAAGGGUUAGAAUGUGGUUUAUGAGGCACAGCUCUGGAAGGUUGAAAAGACAGGUAAUUUAAGGUGACAGAGAGGAGAGAUGAGGGAUCAUCGUUGAUAAAUACACUUAAUGUGGUAGCGCCGAUGUCCAAUAAAAAUGGCAGCAGUGCUUAUCCUGGGGAUUCUUCACCACAGGGCAAAACAGCACAAUUCUUACCAAGAAGGCAUCCCAAGAAUAGUUGCCGUGCUUUCUAAGCAAAAGAAUUAUGCAGGAAUAAUGUCUUGGUGGAGGAAGAGGAGUACAGCCCAUCAACUGUCUCGUUGGGGCCUUCAGUCCCUUUCUCCCCGAUGCAUCUUUCUCUAAGCCAAGAGUGAGAAGAGGAGUGAAAAAGCCAAAAGCUCUAUCUCCCUCUCUCUGGGCUGAUGUUUAACAUGAUUUGGGUGGAGAGCUGAGGAACAUAGUCAUAUGUGUUUAGCAGGUACCUCUUUUAGCUCAUUACCGUACUCAGGGGUGUUAACUUGAAUCCUGAUUUCACAGAUUAGGCAAAGGCCUCACUCUGGGCACCAUGGCCUUGCUGUGAAACUGUUUUGAAGUUGCUACUCUGCUUGAUACGUGAUUUAUAGCCAAAACAGGACCAACUUGCCACCACAAGACUUCCUCCCUCAGCUGCUGCUCGUGAAGCCAGUUUCACGGGCCUUCCCCCUCAAGGCCUGCACAAGAGAGAAAUGGGAACUGGCACUUUAAACCUCUUGUGUGUGAUUCCCAUGUAGACACAAGCAGAUUUAGAUGUGCUAUGACACAGAUGAUGGCUGUCUGAGCAGUGGAAUAUGUAUUGCUUUCAGUGUUCUUGGGGUGAGUCUGCACCAAAUUUGGUCGAGGCCUUGUUCUCCAUUGUGUUGUGCAAGUGCAUCUUUUGGAGCAGUGUUUCUUUUAUGCUGCAGGAACACUUCAGGGAUUUCUUUGCUUAUUUCCUGGUGCUAAACUACCUUGAUAUUAUUUUGGAUUAUGCUGCACAUGUUGAAGUUCCCUGUAACCUAAAAGCUGUCAGCUAGAAACUUGCAGCACUGCUGAUGAUCUUACCAUAUCCAUGUAGACUCCAUCUGUUGUGCAUGAGAUCAGGCAUGUGGUGCUUGAGAAGAAUCAUAUGGUCAGUGUAGAACCACACUCUUUAAAUCAGAAUAAAUACAUACAAUUGCAAUAGUGAGUAAUUCAGUUACAGCCUUCUGGUGAAAUCUGUGAUUCAAAUUCAGAUGGGACCUAUUUCAGUAGUACAGAAAGCCAGCGCUCUUCAAAUAAACCCUCUUGUUCUCUUGAACAUCAUCUUUCAUCAAGGCUUUUUUCAUACAUGAAGUUCUACAGAUAUUAUUAUGGUAUAAGCUAUAAUCACUCUCCUCCAGGAUAAGUGGCUUUCUUCAAGAAUAGUUGCUGUACUUUCUAAGCAGAAGAAUUAUGCAGGAAUAAUGUCUCUCUUCUUCUCAAUCUGUGUUAUUUUCAGUAUAGAGAAGCGAUAAGGUCUAGUCUACUGAUUAUGGCUCAUGGGAUGAACUUGGAUGAGAAGCCAGGGAAAUGAAGUCUCCCUGAGAUGCUUUGACUGAAAGCUUUUGCAAAGUUGAGCUUGAUCUGGCUGUCCUGCCUUGCCACACCUCACAUUUGAUGUCCAUUCUGGUGCUUGCAGUAGCCCCAAGGCAAGUGGCGUGUCUCUUCAUGGCACCUGACUAAUUAAAGACACAACAGGAACACAGCCCUUCUACAGCAUCAAUGUGAAACCAUGUAGCUAGAGCACUCUUACAUCUCCUUACUUCUAUCCUAGCAACAAUCAUGCACAAUUCCAACAAAACCAAAGUGGUUAUAGGAAGGUGAAAGAAGGUGGCUGCAAAAGGUGGGAGAUGUAU